AAAAAAAAAAAAAAAAAAAAAAAUGAGUGUGCGUGCGCGUGCACUGCCACGAAUGUGUGCCCGGGGUUGGAAUUGGGAUGACUCCCAAUAGGUGGGGGACAAUUUUUUCUUUUUUUCUUUUUCCUCUUUCUCCUUUUCCUUUUACAAAAAAACAAAACAAAAUAUCAACAAUAAAUCACCAUGGAAGCUUUUGCACCACUUCCAAUAGACUUGUUUUCUACUGAUACAGGCGUUUUAAAUGAAGAAGACACUUCAGCUUAUUUCUCUUUGUCGCAGUUCGACCUGGAAUUGCAAGAGCAAGCACAAGCAGCUCUUUUUCAACAAGAUUCAUGGCAAGAUUUUGAUAGAUAUUUACCCAUUGACAAUCAGCUGUUCAGCAAUUCCAUGAGAAAUGAACAAGCCCAACCCAUCUUUAUGAACACAAAUAACUACAACGACCCCUCUUUAUUAUAUGAACCUUUAUCCAACUUGAUACCACAACAACUACAACCACAGCAACAACAACCACAGCAACAGCAACAACAACAACAACAACAACAACAGAAGUUUGACAACUAUGCUACUACGUCCACAACAACUAACAACAGUGUUAAAAACGAAUAUGCUAGUCCAGAAUCCUUGCCAUAUUCACCUCCAUCAUAUUCACCCUCUCAACCUAUGCAACAACCCGCCUUAUUCCAAUCAUCAGCAUCUGUUACUACUUCUCCUCAGGCAGAGAAAAAAUCCUUACCAACAAAUCCUUCUUUGGACUUCAUGAAUUGGAACACUUCCCUCGAUUCUCAAGCCAAGGUACCCAUUCAACGUUUAAAAUCUUCAAGUAUUAUUAGCAAUGCAGUAAAUGCUGCUUUAAAUACCACCAAUGCACAAAACCCGCCUAUCGGUCGUCAACAUAAAAAGACUGCACAUAAUGCUAUUGAACGUCGUUAUCGUAAUAAUAUCAAUGAUCGUAUAGCUGAACUUAAAAAUGCAGUACCCGCACUUUUAUAUGCUAAAGUGAAUAAGACACCAGCCGGUUCCAAACGCCGUAAUAACGACGAUGACGAAGAUGAAGCCGAAGAUGGUGCAGAAUUCUUAGACGGUGUUGCAGUGGCUACAAAGUUAAACAAGGCAACAAUUCUUCGUAAAGCAACCGAAUACAUCAAUCAUCUGAAAAAGACGGGUGAUGAUGUCCGACGUGAGAACCAAGCACUUCAAAACAUACUCAAUCAAUUACCGGGUGGUGCUGAUAUCUUGCAACGCUAUCAUAUACAAAAGCAACAGCGUGAGAAAGAAAUCCAACAACAAGCCGUCAUGGAACGUGAAGUUCAAAAGCAACAAGAUCAACAAAGAAAGGCAGCAAAUAGAAAGCGUGCUCGAUUUGGUACAAAUCAACAUGAAGCCUCCGAUGAAUAUGAAUCUUCCUCUUCAUCACCAGAUCCUGUAACACCACCUGCUAUGACAAAUAGAGUCUUUAUGGCUAUAUUCAUGUGUAUCACAUUCUUUUCUACAUCUCCCUUGACUGCCGGUCCCAAUUCCUCCGAGCAAUAUCAAAAUCAUCAUCAUACCUCAAGAACCACAACCACAGGCCAAGACAAUACAAUUUCAAAUACACUGGGUAAUACAAGCGCUGCACCUGAGUCUUUCCUCGGUUCUGUGUUCAAAUUUGACGACGGAUGGUCUGCUUUACGUACCACUGUAUUCAUUAUUUGCAUUGUCCAACUUUUAUUUCCUUACAUCAAAUCCAUACUAUUUGGCUCUUCCCUCAAACUGAAACGUGUUAGUAGAUCUAAACGUACGAUUGUAGCAACCUCUCGCAAAGAUGUUACAAGUACCACUGUGACACCUGGCCUUCUGAAAUGCCGUCAAAUUUAUACCAUCCUCGAUAAAUCACUCCGCCAAGACAAUGAUGAAUUACCUCAAGGUGCUUUAGCCACCUUCUUUCCUCUGUGUAAAGAAACCCUCCGCAUAUUCUCUCACCAUGUACUUGGUUAUGACAUCAUGUAUGGGGAUCAUCAACUUACUGCUGAAGAAGAAUUCGGUCAAGUUUGCAAGUGGAUUAAAUUGAAUGAAACCACCUGUCUUGGUGGUGCUCCCGAAAUGUCUCGCACAAGUAUGUUGUACUCUUGCUUUCGAAUGAUUAAUUUGGUCGACACAUUGGAUGACAGUGUUCAUGAACAUGUCAACCAAACCCAUGCCCGUGCCUAUGCUACAGCUGCUCUGCAAAUGUCGCUAAUCAUCCCCAAACACUCUAUUGCUGAAAAGUUGUCCAAUUAUUUCUGGCAGCAUUCCAUUACCAAGGAUGAAGAUGACGAAGAUCUUAGUCUUUGGAUGCAAGCAUUGUCCUGGAUGGAUCCUGAACAAGAUCAUGAUUCCAUUUCUGAAAUGCGUCAAACCCGUGCGUGGUCCGAAACUAUGGAAAUCAUUACAAACCAAACCGCUUUAAAUGAUAAACUUCCAAAAUCUGGCAACAACCUUUCGAUUUCCUUUACUGCGCCUGUUGUUGUGCCUGUUGCAAUAUUAUCCACAUUACACUUGCUGGACAGUCUUCGUAUUCAGUUUGAUCGGUUAGUCAGUACAAUGACUAGUAGCAACGACACCGGAUUUGAUGAAACACUUGAAACAGCAUUUAUUGACAUCAUGCUAUUAACUGAAUCUACUACCGAAACAGAAGAUGACCAUCAAAGAUUGGCCCAUUGGCUUGCUGCCGUUGGUGCUACAGUGGAAGCUCUUUGGAAAAAUAAUGAUGCCGAAAAGUGGGCUUCUACCAUUAUCCAACGUGUGCCACGCUCAAUGACCUGUCGUGCAUCCAAUGUGUCACAAAAGACCAACUUAAAUCAGCUUGAUGAACUGGUUAAAAAAGCAAUGAUCCAUGUUCUUGUCGGUUCCAUCCUUUUAAAGCAAUCUGAUCCCGAACGUCAAAAACAAGGUUUAGUCGAACUCGAAAAUGCUGAGGUACUUCGCUCUGGUAUUCGUAAAUUACAAAAGAACCGCAACGACGAGCAAGAAGGCGACCUUGAGUAUGUUGUUAUGGCAUUAGCAGAAUUCGUGGUUUCCUUUAUUGGCUUAGGCUCAUGGAUUGAAGCUAUGAAAUUACAAGAACUUUCUGCCGAAAAAGAAAUUUUAAUUGAUGAACAAGUGCGCGAAACUAGUUUGUCUUUACGUAGAAUGAUUCGUCAUCCUGCCUUGUUAGAAAACCAACAAUCAAUUGUAGAUAGAUUAAGUCGUCUUGGUCGUUUUAUUGCUCACCAUCCUGGAGAUGCUGAUUCUGCUUGUGAUUUAUCCGAAGAAGAUGAAGAAAAAGAAGAAGAAGGUUGCAAGGAAGAGCAAAAUGAUCUUACACACGAACAACUCAUGUCGAAGAGAGCUGACAAAGCUCAAUUAAUUCUUCAUGGUUUAGCAUAAAACAAAAAAUGUCCCAUAUUAUUAUAACACACGCACAUACCUCCACACUAUUCUGUCUUUUUUGUUCAUUAUAUUAUUAUUACCUUAUAAAAAGAAUGCUGUUAUUUUUUUUUUUAUUUUUUUUACCGCCGACGCACCCCACAGUUCCACAAGCAUCACAUUUUUUAGUUUAGAAUGAUGAAACGUGC